AAACAUUGCGCUCAUUCGAUAAUGUAACGCAACUGGCGCGGCAGUUAGAAGUUGGCGAAAUAAACAUCUCUAAAAUUCAAUCUUUUUCGAAAUUUUCGUUCAAAUGGACCCGGAAAAAGUGGAAUAUGAAUUGCAGCAUUUCAACUUCUGCUCCGAAGACAUUAUUGCUGAAAAUCAGCUGUUGGUCAAGUCUCUGAUCCAGCAAACGUUGGUCUCCUUCACGGAUGAGUUUAUCGCCAAGCACAAGGUACCGUCAGAAACGGCAAUGGAAAUGCGCUCCCGAUGUUACCCGGCAGCCAACGAAAUGUUCGCCGAAUGUGGCCCCAAGUUGGAGGAGCUGAGUCAGCUGUACCGCGAUACUUUCACCAUUCCGGACAAUGUUUUGCUGCCGUCGGAUUUGAUGCAACGCAAAGGUUACACAGCCGAACAGGUGGAACAGCUGCAAACCACGGCCAACGGGCUGGAGAAGCAAAUCCGCCAGGACGGAGUGUUUCUGUCGAUGCUGGAGGAGGAGAUCAAGCUGCACGAGCGGUUGGACGCUUGUAUCGAAGAAGGGGUACAGCUGAUGGAGCUGGCCGAACGAUACCGACAGAUGGAAAUCGUUCCGGCCGAAGAAUGCGCGGUUGUGCAAGACCUAGCCGAGUUCAUGAAGAAUGUGAUGCAAAUGUGAGUAUUUUCAUUGUAGCUGUUUAUGGUUUUUGUAUGUUACUUUGGUGCGGAUAAGAAUGUGUUUUGUAUGUUAUUCAAUAUUCCUGAUCAAUCUUUUUUUACGAAACGAAGUUUUAAACAGA